AUGAAUUUCAGUCGACCAGCGGAGCCCAGCGGGGAGCUCAUCCGCCGGUUCAGCGAUGACAUAUCAGAAUCAUCCCCAGGAGAACCCCUUGGCCGGGCCCUGGCAGCCAAAAUUGCGGUUGAUCGCAAUCGAGGACGAUCGGAUUCACUCAGGGCUGAAUGGGACCGACUCCUGAUGAAGGGUCGGGAACUGGCCGAGGAGUCUGUUCCAGAUGAGGAGGCCGUUCUCCUUCAACAGAGCCAGCGACUCUAUGCCGCGUGGAGCAAAUUUCGGAGCAAUCUGCCUAGACACCAGCAUUUAGAGCUGGAAGAUCAGGAUAGACCAGAUAUCAAUUUUCUGGUGGCCACAGUAACCAAGGCUUCAGCAACAUGGAAGCAGGGACAAGAUGAAACCAAACUGGGCAGGUUAAAGUCCAAAUUCUCAGGUCUUUGCAAGACCUUCUCGUCGCACAGUGCUUUGCUCUCUGUCAUCCCCAAAGAUGACAAGUAUGUCACAUUGUUAACAGGCUCUCUGUCAGCCAUUGCCCAGGCGACUAUCAACCACCAAAAGAUUGCCGAAGGGGUGGCUGAUACCCUCGAAGAUCUCAGCCACGAUAUUGAUAUCUGGAACCGGCAGAUGAAGGAACAUGGUGAUAUCCCGGCUCUUCGUCGAUAUAUUCAGGAAUUAUACGUUGUCGUCUUCGAAUUCUUUACCGAGAUCUUCACCAAAUGGUCCAAGUCGGGCUGGAAACGCUUUAUCACAAGCUUUGAUGAGAGCGCCUUCAAUGAGUUGUUCACGUCCAAAAAAAACCGAAUGUUGGCCAUCCAAUCCCGUAUGAACAGCCAUAUCAGCCUCGACUUCCACCGCCGCACCACCCGAAGUUUGGAGCUGAUGAUUCAACAACAAAAUAUGCUGUGCCAAAAUCAGGAAAGGCUUAGCCAGAUCCUACCGGACCAAAUUACCCAGCUCUGCAAACAAAGAUUGAUGGUCGGUGAAUCGCUCGAAAGGCUUUUGGACCAACAACAAUCCUUCCGCCUAGAACUACCUCGUCCAUCCUUGAUCACAAGCAUACAAGAAGAUACAACAGGGGAAAUAUUACCAUCUGCUUCUGCCGGUUAUGAUCCCGAAAUGGCAGAUCUAGAAUCUGAGGCAUCCCCAACCUCACAAAAACAUUAUCAGUUUAGCCGCAUGGAGAUCCAGGCCGAGAUCAAGUGCUUCAUAGAUCAGUGGAAGAACCAAGUCGACCGCUUGAUCCAGAUUACAAACCAGGCACCCCUUUUGCAGAUUGAUAAAGAUGUGCAAAUUCGCUUGGGAACAUGGCUACGAGCUUCUAGCUUAAUUAAUUUCUGGAUCCAAGGCCCUCAUGAUGUACGGCAACCGAGCCAGAAUUCGAUGACCGCGGUUUCUUUGGCCGCACUAGCGCGCAAAAACAGCAUCCCCUGCAUCAUCUAUUUCUGCAGUCUCACAGAAAUCCAUGAGCCAGGUACUUCCAAUGCCAUGUAUCUAAAUUCUUUCCUCACAUCCAUCAUAACCCAACUUAUUCAACUGGUCCCGGAUGAUGGCUAUACCGAAGCAGAUCUUUCACCCGCCCAUUUCACAGCCCUUGCACAGGGCACACUCAGUGUUCCUGAGACGCUCCAGCUGAUGCUUGAUGUUCAGAGUCUUGCUCCAAGGGUGGUUUAUGGGUUCAUAGAUAACAUUCAGGUGCUGGAAGAUCAGUCUGAUCAGGACUACACCCAGGACUUUCUGAGAACGAUCGCGACUCUCUGUAGGCUUGGUCGCAAGGAUCCCCACUCAAAUAGCGCGAUUGUGCAGGAGGAUGAAGGAAUGGCUCUGGGAACGAGAAUUUGUUUCACUACGGAUGGGUAUGUGGAUGGUCUCGCACAGGCUUCAGAGCUACAAUUGCUCGAUAAGGUUGAGUUUGAUCUGGAGACAGAUGAUCCUCUGUCAAGGGAGACAGGUGGUGGAACUGGAUGGGAGAUGGAUGAUUGA